AUGCCACGUCACCUUGGCCUUGUGGUCGGCGGCACGCAGGUGUACGAGGGCACCUUCCGGCCAUGCUCGUCUCACGAGGACUGCCUUCCCAACGAGUGCUGCGUCUAUGGUCUCAGCAGGGGCGACAGCUGCAUCAAGCAGGCCAAGCCGUGUCCCAUCAAUAAGAUACCCGUAAGGCCUCGGCCUCGCUUCUGCCCUCCGUACAACAGCGGCGGCUUCUUCUUCAACGUGUGCUCGGUGCCCGAGGACUGCCCGUACCCGUACCUGUGCUGUCGUCUCCGGGGAUCGUAUAUGUGCGUUCCCUCCUUCUAUGACAGGCGCCGCCGGAGACGUCGACGUCACGUGAUCCCUGGCAGGCAUUACGCGCACGACGACGUCGGGGUGUCAAAGUGGCACGCCAUUGAUGCGGCUUUGUCUUCCUGA